AUGUCAAAACAUGAAAGCUCAUUCUCACUUUGCCAAAACUUGAAAAUAAAACUUGGUCAACUGCCAUAACUUGAAAUUUACCCUUAUUAUUAUAUUGAGAGCCAAAUGCUGCUGCCGUUUUCUUCAGAGAUCAAAAAUGACGUUACCGGAGCUUCCAAAGGAUUUGGUAGAAGAGAUACUCUGUCUUGUUCCGGCCACAUCUCUGAAACGAUUACGAUCCACUUGCAAAAGAUGGAACCAUUUAUUCAAAGAUGAUAAGAGAUUCGCAAGAAAGCACACUGACAAAGCCGCAAAGCAGUAUCUACCUCUCAUGUUGACCAAGGACUACAGGAUUUGUCCUAUAAACGUCAAUACUCCAUCUCUAGAGGUUAAAAAUGAGCUUAGCUUACUCGAUCCUCAUUCAGCAGCUCAAUUCAACAUAGAUCGAGUCUUUCACUGUGAUGGCUUGUUGUUAUGCACAUCCCAAAAAGAAUCAAGAUUCGUGGUUUGGAACCCUUUAACUGGUGUAACCAAGUGGAUCGAACUCGGCGAUCGUUACAACGAAGGUAUGGCUUUUGUUCUUGGAUAUGACAACAAGUCCUGUAAUAAGAGCUACAAAAUCUUGAGCUUUAAUUUUUGUAACAAGGAUUCUGAAAUCUACGAGUUUAGCUCUGACUCAUGGAGGGUUAUUGAUGAUAUCAAGCCACGCCACUACUUGGAAUACUCUAGAAAGUGUGUGUCUUUGAAGGGAAACACUUACUGGUUUGGUAUAGAUAGAAGACGAAGUCUAUGGGACCCUAGCAUGGCCUUGCUCAAAUUUGAUUUUGGAACAGAGAAAUUUGGGUAUGUUCCUCUGCCUCGUCCAUGUCAAGUGCAUGGUUUUGAGGCUUCUAAUCUUUCCGUUGUCAGAGACGAAAAGCUUUCGGUGUUAUUAGAGGACGGUUCUACAUCCAAGACUGAGGUAUGGGUGACAAAUAAGAUUGGUGAGAACAAUGUGGUGUCGUGGAGCAAGGUCUUAGCAUUGUAUCCGAGAGCUGAUUUUUGGCAUGGCGCAAGUUGCUUGCUAGACGAGGAGAAGAAAGUCGUCCUGUGUUGUAAGAGUAAGAGAUGGAUGGAGGAAGGAGACAAGGUAUACAUUGUUGGAGAGGAUAAUAAAGUCAAAAUAAUGGAUUCUGGAGUUUAUACAAUUGAAGGAUCUUGUCCAACUAUUCUUAAUUAUAUUCCAAGUUUGGUUCAAAUCGAGAGAGCUGGAGGCAAAAGAAAAAGAGGUGAGUAAACAACCUCUAAUACAUGUAAUCUCUUCUUUUUCUGUUUUCAGAAUUAUUUUUUUAUUGGCAAGUUAUCUUGGUCAUGCA